AAAGGAAAAAAGGUUAUUCAGUGAAUCCGAUGAGGGCACAAUGGUCAUGUAAAGGUCUGCAUCAGCAUUUAUUUGUUGAUGUCUGGAACCUGAAAGAUUUUGAACCUUCACAAGGUUUACCUGUCAAGGCAGCUGACAUAAGCUUUAAAGAUUGAUGAAAUAAAUGACACAUAUUGCACUGGAGGCUUCCACCUAUCAGACGGUGAUUAGGUUGUUAUGGAUUUCUCCCCUCUUCAUCUUUUGGCAGAGGUUUGUUUCUAAACUCUGCCUCUCAGGGCUCAGACAGGUCUGCAUCUCUAUGGAAAAGAAGGCACAGCUUUUAGAUUUUCCUUGGAUCUUGUUAUCUCCAUUUCUUAGAAAAUUACCUUGCAAAUUCUUCUAUGCUUUUCGUGGCACUUAAGGGAGGAGUGUUAAAAGUUGUAAUUACAUACCUAUUUAAAUACAUUUUUGUAAUUCUUUUGUGAUUCUUCCAAUCACAGUAAUUUUGUGCAUUAAUCUGGUAGUGCAUAGUGGCAGACUCUGUUUUUAAUGUGUAGCUUAUGAUGAACUUUAUCAUAUUUAUAUAUGCAGCAAGGAGGAAUCCCACAGUUACAUUCCAUACACGGAAUGUAACUUUAUACACCUUAGAGACUUAAACUUCAGAGGCUUUUAAAUACAAGCCUCUGGCUUGAAGCUGUCUUUCUUUUGGCUGCACGUAGCACCCAGUAGAAGUCUGUAUCUGGCUCGUUGUUUUUGAGGUGUGGCAGACUUGGAGAUGGUAAUACGAGUAGAAGUUUUACAAAUGAUUGUGUUAGAGACGUGUAUGAAUCCCUGAGUUCCUUUAUUAUAUGCUGUGUGAGCAUUCAGUUAGCUGAGGCAUACUUCACUUUUGAAUCAUAAGGAAAAUGCCACUACCCAGCUUGCUUGCAAACUUGCUCGUUUGCUUAGAAGCCUCAUUGCAUCAGCAAAAACAACAGUGUGUGCUUAGAGUGCUCUGUGGAGCACAAUGUUUCCUUUUCUGCGUUCAGUAAUUUAAAUGAUUGGAGUGAUACUUUUGACAAGGAAGAAAUCAUUUCAUUGUUAUGGAUCAUUUUUCAAGUGAAACUGAGUUUUGGAAUAAAGUGAUGGACGGGUCACUGGGAAAUAUUGAUGAUCUGGCACAGCAGUAUGCAGACUACUACAACACCUGCUUCACAGAUGUGUGUGAGAGGAUGGAAGAGCUGCGCAAGCGGAGGGUUUCCCAAGACCUUGAUUUGGAGAAAUCUGAUGCCAGCCCCACAUCUCUACAACUGCGAUCUCAGAUUGAGGAGUCACUUGGUCUCAGCAGCACCGCAUCAACACCUGACACCGAAAGAAAGCUCUCCAUUCAUAAAUCAAGUUCAGAAGAAGGCUCUGUAGGGAAAACAGACUGGAAAAAGAAAAAUAAGUUUUUUUGGCAGAAUUUCCGAAAGAACCAGAAGGGACUAAUGAGGCAGACUUCAAAAGGAGAGGAUGUCGGUUAUGUGGCCAGUGAGAUCACAAUGAGUGAUGAAGAACGGAUCCAGCUGAUGAUGAUGGUGAAAGAGAAGAUGAUCACCAUUGAGGAAGCACUUGCUAGGCUGAAAGAGUAUGAAGCCCAGCACAGGCAAUCAAGCACUGUAGAUUCUACAGAAUGGCCUGAUGGUUCUUACUCGACACUUGAUGGGUCUUCCAAUUGUAAUUCAAGAGAACAAUCCGAUGAUGAAACAGAGGAGUCGGUGAAGUUUAAGAGGUUGCACAAGCUGGUGAAUUCUACUCGCAGAGUGAGGAAGAAACUCAUAAGAGUUGAAGAGAUGAAAAAACCCAGCACAGAAGGUGUGGAAGAGCACUCACUUGACAACUCUCCUAUACUGGAUGACAGAUCAGCACUUUACUCUGGAGUUCACAAGAAGCAAUUCUACUUUGACAGCUCCUGUGAAAAGCAGCCAGAGGACGACUCGGACUCACUUACUACUUCUCCCUCAUCCAGCAGCCUUGAUACGUGGGGAGCUAACCGGAAGCUGGUGAAGACCUUCAGCAAAACAGAUAGCCGUGGCCUUAUCAAGCCUCCCAAGAAACUUGGGACAUUUUUCUCUUACCCAGAAGAGGAGAAGUCCCAGAAAGUUUGCCGCUCCUUGACAGAUGGGGAAAUGAAGAAGAGCCUCGGCUCGUUGAGCCAUGGGAGAACCUGUAGCUUUGGAGGAUUUGAUUUGACAAAUCGUUCCCUUCAUGUUGGAAACAGUUCUGACCAAAUGGGCAAAGAAGGAGACUUUGUUUAUAAAGAAGUGAUCAAAUCACCCUCUGCCUCCCGUAUAUCUCUGGGCAAAAAGGUGAAGUCUGUAAAAGAAACCAUGAAGAAAAGAAUGUCGAAAAAAUACAGCAGCUCUUUGUCUGAGCAGGAGUCCAGCCCUGGGGUCGUGCCGGGCUCCCCGCAGUCGCCACCCCCAGACACUGACUCCCUGGACAAACCCAAGCUGAAAGCUGGUGGCUCAGUGGAGAGCCUGAGGAGUUCCUUAAGCGGUCAGAGCUCAAUGAGUGGUCAGACAGUGAGCACAACAGAUUCCUCAACCAGCAAUAGGGAGAGUGUGAAAUCAGAAGAUGGUGAUGAUGAAGAGCCUCCUUACAGAGGGCCGUUUUGUGGAAGAGCCAGGGUUCACACUGAUUUUACUCCGAGUCCUUAUGAUACAGAUUCUCUGAAGCUCAAGAAAGGUGACAUCAUUGAUAUAAUCAGCAAACCCCCCAUGGGCACUUGGAUGGGUCUGUUGAACAACAAAGUUGGCACCUUCAAAUUUAUCUAUGUGGAUGUGUUAAAUGAAGAGGAAGAGAAGCCGAAGCGGCCCACCAGGAGACGUCGAAAAAGCAGACCACCCCAGCCCAAGUCAGUCGAGGAUCUCUUGGAUCGCAUCAAUUUGAAGGAGCACAUGCCCACUUUUCUGUUCAAUGGUUAUGAAGAUCUGGAUACCUUUAAGCUUUUAGAAGAAGAAGAUUUGGAUGAACUGAACAUCCGAGAUCCUGAGCACAGAGCUGUUCUUCUCACUGCAGUGGAACUUCUUCAGGAAUAUGAUAGUAACAGCGACCAGUCAGGAUCUCAGGAGAAACUUCUCAUUGAAGGCCAAGGCCUAACCGGAUGCUCUCCUCGGGAUUCUGGCUGCUACGAAAGCAGUGAAAACCUGGAGAAUGGUAAAACUCGAAGGACCUGUCUUCCGCCCUCAAAAUCAGCAAGUGAGCAUAGCUUUAGAGAUUUCAGCAGAAACCAGCUAUCAAAUUAUCCCACGCUUCCACUGACCAAGUCAAUAGAAACUCUGCAGCCAGGGGAAAAAGAAAGCCGGCUGGGCUGUGCACAUCGUGCUCUGAAGAGCUCUGUCAAGCCUCCGGCCGUCACGGGUCUCAAGAAGAACCGCAGAAGUUUACCAGUUGCUGUGUGUCGAAGCUAUGAAACUCUGGAUGGCCCCCAGGGUGUAGAUACAUGGCCAAGAUCUCAGUCACUGGAUGAUCUCCAGGGAGAAGCCAAUACUAACUUACAGGACACUAACAAGAAAGUAGGUUCUUUUCCUCAGGAUUCACUGGAUAUUGCUAAAAAGGCAACUGGCUCUGCUUUGCCGCCUCAGUCUCAUGGAGGCAGCUGCAAGGUAGAUGAUGUCAUCGCUAAGCAGGGCAAAGGAGCUGCUAAUUCUCAGAAGGGAAGAGCUAAGGAAUUGAACUGCUCUGUAAUGGAGACUGCAGGUGGAAAGCCUGCUCCAUUCCCCCUGAAAAACUGUGAAGCUCAGCCUGCCUUAGUGAUGCAUCAUGCAACAAGGACGCCUCUGGAAAUACAGAGUAAAGGUUUUCAUGACCUUGCACGGGCUGAUUAUGCUCCAGUCCUCAAGGGAGGUCUAGAAGCUGAGCAAAAAAGCACAAAUGAGGCAAGAAUGCAACCAAAAAAUCCUUCUCAGCCACCACCUGUCCCUGCCAAAAAAUGCCGAGAACGCCUUUCUAAUGGAUUAUAUCAUCCUCCCACGACCAUAAGCGGAAACAACUCAAGCUUAGAAGCACCAUGUUUGCCAGUAAAAAAGACCAGCUCAUCCAUUCCCAUUGAUUGUCAUGGAGUACCUAUCCAUAGGACAUCUUCUGAACAAGAGCCCAGUAGCCCUCCAAGCCCACUGCCACCCUGGCUGUCGGAGCUCCCAGAGACUGCUAGUGUUCAACAGCACGUGGUAAAGCUCGGUCCUGCAUCAUCAAGGAAAGUCUCUUGCAGCAGAGGAAUGGAUCUGGAAAUGGUGAUAGAAAACAAGCUGCAGUCUGAAGACAUUGAUCUUACUGAAGAACCGUACUCAGACAAGCAUGGUCGCUGUGGCAUUCCUGAGGCUUUGGUGCAGAGGUACUCUGAAGACUUAGAGCAGCCUGAAAAGGAUGUGGCCACAAACAUGGACCAAAUCCGGGUAAAGCAGCUGAGGAAGCAGCAUCGCAUGGCAAUUCCAAGUGGAGGACUCACAGAAAUUUGCCGUAAACCUGUAUCCCCAGGAUUCAUCACCUCUGUAUCUGACUGGCUGAUUUCCAUUGGUCUGCCUAUGUAUUCCAGCCUGCUCACUGAAGCAGGAUUCAACACACUGAGCAAAGUGCCUUCUCUGUCACAAACUUGCCUUCAAAAAGCUGGCAUCACAGAGGAAAGGCACAUAAGCAAGCUACUGGCAGCAGCAAGACUCUUCAAACCUCUUGAUCCAGGGGCAAUUUAACAGGCUCCAUAGUGUGACAUUGCCUGGUCGAGAAUCCACUGCUUCUUCCUGCACCAGUAUCGCUCUAAUUACUUCACGUAGCUAAAGGGAUCAAGGAAGUGGCUCCCCAGGACAGGCAGAUACCUUCUGCAAAGGUUAUGAAAGGCGACUGAAGGAGAAGAGAGGCAACUACCAGGUAACAUAGAUGUGGUACUUCCCUCGCCCCUCACUCCCAUCUAAAGUAUUCCUGUUUCAUAAACUGCACAGGGUUGGCCUGAGAAUCAGACAGCUUCAAAGAAUUAAGGGACGCUUGCACAUUUUCCUCGAGUUUGUGGUAGUGAUACUAGUAACAGGUCUUUUGUACAUCUAGGUUCCAGGUACCUGAAAUCAGUCCUAAAGUACCAGGUACAAAUCAAGGUGCAAAUUCCAGUAGAAGCUGUUUGGCAAAUGCCUUUUGUUUAUUUUAGCAGUCUAGAGCUAAACACAAAACCCUCCCCAGUCAUCUUUGCUGUUGCUUGGUGUAGGUCCCAGUUGCCACAAAGCCUUUAGCUAGGCUGAAGUUGAUGGACUGAAAUUACUUUUCAGUGUGGUCCAUCUCUGUCACUUCAAUGCAACUAAUCCACAAAGAGUCAGAAAGCUUCUUUUUAUUUGUACAGAGCUGAGGUCAUUUUUAUAACUGCUUUUUAGCAAUCAGCUUUUUAUUUGCCUUAAAAUAAGCUUUUAAGCAGUUACCUAGUGUUCACUUUACCUGUAUUCACAUUUCCCGAGCCUUGUUUCAACCUGUCACAUUUAAGUUGCAUUUAGGGUGAUUUCCAGCUGAAGUAGCUUCUAUAAAAUGCCUCAUCAUAACAUCUCCUGUGUUGUAGAGGUGCUUUUACAAAUGCAGGGUUAUGCUAAGUUUCGGUUGUCAGGUUAACUCCUUGUUCACUACAGUCUGCAUUUACUGUUGUUACUAAACUGUUCCAAGAUAUACUGCCUUGUAUAUAUGUAACUGCUUUUCAUUUUAAUCAUAUUCUGUGUACUGUGUUAUAUUGUCAAUCAUUAUGCUGCAGCUUUGACUUGGUAUCCUGACCAUAUUGAUUCCAAACAGUGGGUUUCUGCAAAUGAAAAUUCACUUGCAUUGAAAAAGCAAAAUGUGUCCCAUAGAAAUCAUUAGACCCAGUAAUUCCAUUGCAUGGACAAUAAAAUUCCCAGAUAGUCUUAUGAAAAACACUGUGAUUUUUAGAACUGUUGAUAUCCCUUACCACUGCAUUAAUAUUACCUCUCACUGGAAAACAGCAUUGUUCUGGCAAAUGUGAUAAACCAUUUUUCAUGAUGCAAUGAUAUUUUUCUGCCUAACUCCAUGUGAAACGUUCCAGUCGCAUACGUGACUAAUGACAGAUUUUAUUUUUCUAUGUUGGGUACACAUUUUAUAUACCAAAUACAAAUUAUCAUGAAUAGCA